AUAGAGCUGAGGAAUAUGUUUCUGGUAUACGAGGGCUCAACCAAACCGGUGCUGAAGAACCUGUGCUGUAGUGUGAAGAGUGGCGAGAAGAUAGGUAUAGUCGGACGUACCGGUGCCGGCAAGUCGUCCAUCAUAUCAGCCCUGUUCCGGAUGGUGGAGCCCACGGGUGAGGUGGUGGUGGACGGCGUGGACACCAAAUCGAUAGGUUUGCAUGACUUGAGGCGCAACAUCUCAAUCAUACCUCAGGAUCCGGUGGUCUUCGCGGGUCCGGUGCGCAGAAAUUUAGACCCUUUCGGGGAAUACACGGAUCACUCGAUAUGGAGUGCCUUAGAGGAGGUGCGGCUCCGACAAGCCGUUCAGGACCUGCCCGGACAGCUGGACGGCCUACUGAGCGAAGGGGGCGGUAAUCUGAGUUGCUCGACGAGGCGACCGCUAAUGUGGACCACCGGACGGAUGCCUGGUAAUCUGAGUGUAGGUGAGCGCCAAUUGGUUUGUUUGGCUCGAGCUAUACUCCGCCACAACCGCCUACUAGUGCUCGACGAGGCGACCGCUAAUGUGGACCACCGGACGGAUGCCUUCAUUCAGACCACAAUUCACCACAAAUUCAUUGACUGUACGGUCCUUACGAUCGCUCACAGACUCAACACUAUUAUAGACUGCGACCGCGUUUUGGUGUUAGACGCGGGAGAGAUCGUCGAGUUUGACGAACCCUUCGCUUUACUGGAACGGAGGGACAGUUGUACGACAUGUGCAGAAAGACCGGCGAAGAUAUGUUCAACCAUUUGAUGAAUUUGGCCAAAGAGUCACAUCUCAAGAGGUCCACCACUAGUGAAGCGGAGGAGGAUCUGGAGGACAGGGAU